CGCCUGCAUCAUUGAAUUGGCCGCGGUAUCCCCGUUGGCGUGCAGAUCUGGGAGGGGCGUCCUGACGGCCACGGGAAUGGCGGGCGCGGAGGAGGCUGUGUAGGAGGACGCAAGAGAAAGAGAUGGGGACUUAACGAUCAGCAUCCCUCCUCUCGAGACGUUGACCCAUUCUACUGUCCACCGGCCCUCAACCGGGAUGGAGGAUUCCCGCGAGGAUCAUGAACUGCAUUUCUGCCAUUUGUUGAAAGUGGAGGAGCCAAUGACCAUCUCCUUGCCAAAGCCAGAUGGGACUCCAGCUGAGGUGUCUGAGACAAUUCCAAAGGUGGCUGUAUCUCCUGAAAUGGUAACCAGUGCCAACAUGGGAAGCAUCAGCAAGGGUGUGAAAUAUCAAGGUAGCCAGCACAUCAUGGAAAGUACAAAGUAUUGCCAUGGAGUGAACAACAACCCUGGUUACCUGUGUGAAACAGGCCACUGUUGUGGAGAGACGGGCUGCUGCACCUACUACUAUGAGCUGUGGUGGUUUUGGUUGCUGUGGACCGUCUUGAUCCUGUUCAGCUGCUGCUGUGCAUACCGACACCGUCGAGCUAAACUGCGCAUUCAACAGCAACAGAGACAGCGAGAGAUCAACCUCAUUGCUUAUCAUGGAGCCUGCAACUAUCCUGCCUCCAUGCUGGAUCUUAGUUUCCUAGCAUCUUUCAAACUCCCCUCAUACGAAGAGGUGGCUGCGCAGCCCAACACUCCGCCUCCACCAUACAGCUCUGUGUUUGCUCUACAGGGAGGCUCCCGCUACGCCCAUGCUGGUCCUAGUGGCAUGACCUCGUCCCAGAGCUCCCACAGCAACUACACCAGCUGCUCCUGCGAGUCCUGCUCCCUCACCUCCCACAGCAGCACCUCCUUCUCCGUGCAGGUCACAGACGAGACCGACACCAGCAACGCCACAACGCCCAGUGACAUCGGUGGCUCCAGAGUCCCCAGUGCCAGCCUGGAGCCUCGAGUCCUGGGCCCGGAGUACAACCCCUCAACGCCUACGCGACCUUUAAGUGGGCCAGAGGGCACACCGCCCCCUCCUGCAGUGCUGGCAGACCCCCUAGGGGCAAUACCAGUGCCAGAAUUUGAGGAGAACCAUACUGAUGACCAAGCACAGCAGCAGCUGUCCCCCAGGGCCCCGUUCUCACCACCCAAACAUGCCCUGUUCUCCUCCAACGUGGACUUCUUUGAGCCAGACAGUCACGUGUCAGCAACAUCGGAUGUGGAGGGAGAUGUUGAGGAAGACGAAGAGGAUGACCUGGAUGACGAGAACCACUUUCGACAUCGCCGUCUAACAGGUGACUCUGGCAUCGAGGUGUGCCGCUGCAAGGUGAAAAAAGAGGCUGUGGAAGGUGACAAAAAGAGGGAUUUGUCUGAAGAUCACGAUGGUACCCUGAGCGAACAGGAGGAGAGGGCUGAAGCGGAGCCUGUGCAUGACAGUGUUGAUUGCUCCCUCCGUGCUGCCCAGGAAGUUCAAUCCCAGCUGCCACUUGAGGACUGUGCCGCCCGGGCCAUCCAGAGGGGCGCCGAGGCCAUUCUCACUGUCCAUUCUUCGUGAGGUGGCAAUUGAUGGUUGGUGGGAACCAAUCAACUUUGUUGAGAUAUUUGAAAGCUCUCAGUCCACAUCUGUCAGUUAAGAUAGAGAAAUGAUGGACUCAACAGUCUGUUCAAAGAGAUCAGGCUUGUGUCCUGAGCGACCAUGCAACGAUUGCCUGGGAUGUAGGUACCCUUCGCUGUUUGCGAGACCUUUGGUACUGUAUUUUGGUGCUCAGUAACCCGAAGAUGACCCAAAAGACAAUACAGAGGGGUUCUGAUGGAGCUGGACGAGCGCAGGGCCCCAGAGGAGGACAUUUCACUUGUUCAUUUCCACCCCCGCCCGCUGCAGCCUGAGAGCGUCUGAGAACAAAAGAGCAUCUUUUUCCUGGGCAGAGGAACAAAAGCGCCUGUGAAAAAUGCAAAUGGCCUGCCGCCCUCCCCUCUGGAGUGGCAGGAAGAAGAGCAACAGCUGUGGGCAGCAGUGUGAAGUCAGCAUAAUGGCCACCCAGCUCACCACACCACCCUCUCCUGUGGCACUACCCCUGCCCCUCCACUUCCCCAAGAAAUACGUUCCUCUUGAUCUCUUUCUCCUUGUUAUGUGAUUCAAUUGCCAAGGCUAUGAACGUAUUGGAGCUGUUGGCUUUUUGGAACAUCAGUGACUUCCCCCCGUCCCCUGAUUUGCCUGCCGUAUAGCGGGAUGCCCCUUGAACUCACUGAUGUGCCCUUCAAUCUUUACGACGCUGCUUGGACUGCUGCUCAUUUCCUAGGCAAUAAUGACGCAACUGAUGCUGAUGCAUUUGUCUUCUGACACAGAGGCUUGUGUGUGACUGGGGCUUAAAUCGAUGAAUGUAAGCAUUAAAUGCCCAAGUUGUUUUAACUAAAGCAAGAAUUAUUAUCUUGCAAUUAAAUUCCCUUCAGCCCAAAAUCUUACUUUAUAAAGGUGUGUGAAAUAUGAUCAUUAUCUGUGAACUGAUAUGGUGAAGUUGCUCUGACUACUGCUACUGAAUGUAAUACUCUUUGAGUUUACGGGCAUAUUUUAUUUUGGCCUGUUGCAUUUAACACACUUGGGUGCGAUAGAAAAAAGCCCAGUAGAUCAUAACUUAAAAUCUGUUGGUGAAUUCACCUCAUUCAGUUUUUUUCAGGAAUGUUUUUUUUUCUAUCUUCCCAGGUUUGUCAUUCAUUUUUAGGCUUCAAAGUUACCCAAGUCCCAAGUCAUGUACAAAGACUAAAAAAAAACCAAUCCGUUUUCCGAUGGACGAACCGUCAUAGUCUCUUAGAGUUAAAUGCACGCAACUAAAAAUCUAACAAUUAUUCAACCCCUUUUCUGUUACGUUGCAAUAUACCCUUCAUUCUAAAAUAGGCAGAGCGCUUAGAAACAUCAUUCUAGCUUAUUAUUAAAAGUGUCACACUGUGAAGAGUUCAAAAUGAACCACUAUUAACAUACUGUAGAUUUAACUGAGAAACACUUUGUUUUCACAUCCUAGUAACACAAUCUUCUGUAGGUCGGCUCAUAUGGCUGUUUGCUUUGAAAUUUCCUUUCCCAGCACUGAGAAGUCACAAUAAUGUACGCAAAGCUGCUGUAUCACGUCUUAGCAAGCAACAACAAAAAAAUCAUAAGCAGGUAUGUGCCUGAUUAUGUUAAUAUGAAUGAUUGAAAUGAAUAGUGGUGGAAAACACUCAUGAAAAAGGACAGGCCUGUGACUGGGAAAGCAAAAUGGCAAGAAUGAACACCUAAACCUGCCACACACUGGACCUUUAGAGUGCGAGGUGGCACUGCUCUAGUUUCAGAACCAGGAGCAUUAUCAUUGCUUUCGAGAGUAUAUACAAAGUACAGUGUACAAUCUACUGUAUGUUACGUGUUCCAGUUUAACUUAAAAAGCAUCAACGACAGCCAUCUUUAUAUGAACCUGGAAGAAAACUGUUUCUACUUUAAUUGUUUCAACUGUAAAAUUUAGAAAGAGGUUUGAUUACAUGGAUACAAGAAACCAACAAAAACACUAAUUAUCCCUGCUCUAGUAGUGUACAUUAUGCCGUGUGUGUCUGCGCGCGCGUGUGUGUGUCUGUGUGCGUGUCUGUGUGCGUGCUUGCGCACGUUGGAAUUUGUUUGUUGAACAUGUACUGUUCAAGCUCUUACAUGGCAGCUUCUGUGAAUGCAUCAGCAUUUUGCUUUAGAUUAACCCCAUUUUUUAUUCAUACAAUUUUUCUUUCUUUUUGUUAAUGGAAGCCAAAGGAAUAAUGUCUUGUUUUGUUUGGAUUCGGAAUCAACACUGUGUUUGCAUCAACAAAUUAGUGACCAUACUGCUGGCUUUGCCUUUGCUUCGACCUUUCAUUCAGACAUUCAGUUUAUUUAUCAUCUACUAUUUAAAUUCUCAGAUUUAAGUCCCAAUGAAUUGGCCAGUUACUGAGGGACUAGUAGUAUUCCUACAGGUUGCUAAAAUAGACAUUAAGUAUUAUAUCAGGGCACAAUAGUUGUUAAAAAUCCAGAUAAUUACUCCUUGUACUUACACAAGAAGCCAUUCGUGCCCAUGACUCCCAACAGAGGCCAAUUGUUAUUAGUUACUGUAUUAUCAAUUAGAAACAGUUGCACACCUCACUAUAGCCCAGUGAGGGUCAGAUAUGAGCAUCUGAUUUAGCUGGAACAUUAGGGCUUUUACAGAUUCUUUUUUUAAAUCAUAUUUUGAGCUUGUUAAGGAUACAGUCACGUGUGCAUUCAUGUUUUAUCUCAGGAUAAGUUAUUGUGAUGAACUGUGGCUACAUUGUGUUGUUUAGAGCAAAGCCACUGUCACAUGUCGUUACUUUGACAGAAAAUACAGUCUGAUACUGUUAAAUUACUUGUGGUGUACAUAAAAGGCAAACGAAUUGUAAAAUCAUCACAUUGAGAACUGUUAUCCUUCUUGAAAUGUAUGUGCCCUCUAUGGCCAAGGCCUAGUGUCUGACUGUUAUCUCUAGUUAAAGGCUGCAAGUAGAUGUUUACGCUUCAACAAUAUGCUCUAUAUUUUUACUAGCUUAAUUUUUGUAAAGCAGAAGGAAACAAGAAGACAUACAAACUUCACAUACAAUGCGAUGUGCUCAUUUUAGAAGCCCUUUGGUACUUGUGUAUUUCGACUACUCCUAAGCCCGAAGUGACUGUUUGAGUUGUGAGGAAAGUAAAAAAAAAUCAUGCUGUAAGAGACCCACUUUAACUACUGGUGUACAUCAUAUGUACAUGUCCCAUUUUUGUGGCAGUGGGGUGUUGUAGUCUGAUAAACAAUAAGUGCUUAGUGCCGAUGUAACUACUCCUCUGUGGUGAAGAGGCUUUUGAUGUUGUUGUUGUUUCUUCAAUUAAUCCUUAUAUCCUGCAUGAGAGGAGCGUGGCUUUGGGGUUGCCUCAAUGACUGUUUUCUGUACAUGUUUUGACACAUGUUCAACUUAUAUUUGCCAUUUGCAGAUCAUUAAAUGUGGUUUAUAUUAGACUUUUGUAAUUAACCUUCAAAAGCUGAAUUUAAAUCAUGUGAAACCACCGGCCUGUAAAAAUAUAGUGCAGCAAGAGGUUUCUAGUCAGCUACAAGUCACCAGUGUUUGUUGAGUAGCCUGUGAAACAUGUGAUGUUUAUUUGGGAUCUUUUUUAUCAACUUUUCACAUAGGUUGGCUAUUCAUAUCAAUUAGUUAAUUUUCUUUUAUUGAUGAAUUUCAUUUUAAGCACUGACAAAGAAGUGCUAACGUUGUGUGUUCUGAUGGUUAGGCCUUUAUUUGUUAAACUUUGUCCAGCUAUCUCUGUCAUGCCUUAUGUAGCACUUUAUGCUGACACAUCGUAAUAAAAUGCUUGUCAAAUGUCAAAAUUAAUUUCUUUGAAAUGUACGACUCAGCAGUCUUUGUUGCUUAUGAUAACUUGUUGAUUUGUGUGAAAAUAAAUGUUCCCAGUGAUCACAAUGUUGCAUGUGAUGAAUAUGAUGUCAUCCCAAAAGUAAUCAGGAUUCUGUUAUGUCUGGCCAAUCCUGUAUGACUACAGGAUACUGUAUGCCUCUUAAGAAUAGCCUACAUAAAAAUAAU